AUGUCCCUCGGCAAGACCUUCACUCUUAACACCGGUGCUAAGAUCCCCACUCUGGGAUUCGGCACCUGGCAGUCUGCCCCCGGUGAGGUCGGCGAGGCCGUCUACCACGCCCUGAAGGCUGGUUACCGUCACCUGGAUCUGGCUACUAUCUACGAGAACCAGCGUGAAGUCGCCGACGGUAUCAAGCGUGCCUACCAGGACGUUCCCGGCCUCAAGCGUGAGGACAUCUUCAUCGUACGCACCACCAUGACAGACCGAUCAAUCAACCACGACGCCUGCUAA